AUGGCGUCUCUUCGCAACCUGCUUUCGGGCAAGGUUCGCUCACAAUCGGGCUGCUACACAUGUCGCCUUCGCCGCAAGAAGUGCGAUGAAAACCGACCUCAAUGUGAAGCUUGUCAGGUCCUCGAAAUCACCUGUCACUUUGGCGAUGACAAGCCAGAAUGGAUGGACGGUGGUGCAAAACAAAAGGCCAUGGCAGAGACAAUCAAAGCCCAAGUCAAGAAGCAGGCUAGCCAGCGACGAGAUCGCAAGUACAUCGACAUGCUAGAAAAGGGCACCAAGAUGGUGACCCUCGACGAUCCUAGCGAUAAGAGGCCAUCCGUGGCCAAAGUAAAUGGCAUCAGCCCGGGAACUCAAAAUGGCCACAAGACAUUUGAGCUCUCGCCAGGGUCCAGUACCGCAACAGGGACAACAGGCCCCUCACCUGAAGCCCCGUGGCAUAGCCAGCUCUUUGGCGCAUCGCCUGGUAACGCCAGCGGCAAGUCGGGCAUGGAGGGCGAUUACGACGCCGGCCAGGAUACACAUCUCAUCAUGGUUUAUCUCGACUUUGUGUUCCCAUAUCUCUUCCCACACUACCGCCCACCGCUGCUGGUAGGUGGUCGAGGUUGGGUGCUAGAUGUUCUACUCCAUGGGACGCGGUCCAUCUUCUACACAGCCAUUUCGUUAUCGUCGUACUUUUUCGGCGUCAUGUUGGCCAAUGGUGAAAGUAAUCACGAGGAAUGCACAAACCGAAUGGUGCACCAGCUGCAACGCCAGAUGGAGCGCGGAUUGAAGGAGUUGCAAAAGGAUAUCAUGGAAAUCAACGCCAAGAAGCCCAACUUCAACAUCCGCGAGGGUCUCAAGGUGAUGCAGAGCGUUCUACAGAUGCUCAUCUUCGAGGUAUCCACCAACAACAACGACAACUGGAGAAUGCAUCUCGAUGCCGCUGUCGCCCUCUUCAUGCAAAUCCUACCCGAUCCCCAUAACUGGACCGAGAACCUACACACGCUCUGGACGCCGCGCUGGCCACCCCCCGAGAUGGGCAUCCGACGCCCCUGGAGUACUGACCAAGCCUCGAUACGCUUCUUUGGCGUUAACUUGCUGUAUCUCGACGUCAUGGCCAGCAUCACCAUGUCCACUGAGCCGCGCCUGCGAAGCUACCAGCCCUGCGUCAUCCCCAGUACCCCUCCCGACCGCUGGAGUUUAGACCCCCAAGCUGCCAAGCCUCUGCGCACCGAAGAGUUCUUUGGCAUGUACAACUGGGUCCUGCAAUUGCUAGGCGACAUUGCCGCUCUCGACGCCUACAAGAAGCAGCAACGCAAGGACGGCAGCUUGUCCAUGGGCGACUUGAUGGCGCGCGGCCAGCCCAUCUCUGAAACCAUCACCCUCAAUCUGGACCUCUUGGAAAGCCAGGCAUCCGGUAUGGAUAUGAUCACAAAGAACUUGAGUCUCAUCCAGGAUCCCCUGCUCAGCUUGAACCCCUUGUCCGCCUGCGCGCCAAACUUUGUCAUUCACAAUCUCAUCUGGGUCCAUGCCGCAAAGAUUUACUUCAAUGUUGUUCUUUCAGGCUGGCAGCCAUCGAAUCCCGAGAUACGGACCUCCGUCGACCGCCUCACACAGCUACUGUUCGACCUCCCCCACGGCAAGACUAUGCAGACGCUUGCAUGGCCGUUUUGCGUCGGUGGAUGUCUUGCGCCCGCAGAGUAUGAGGGACAGUAUCGCGAAAUGGUGUCUCGCCUAGGCCCGUUGCAGGUCUUUGGCACUAUUCGCGAAGCUCUCGCCAUUAACGAGAUGGUCUGGGCCAGUCGCGGUCAGCUCGACGAAACGUGGGAUAUUGCAAAAUGUCUCAACGUCCUUGGCCAUUCUGUCCUGUUGAUGUAA